GUUCAUUACAAGGGGCACAUCUAGUUUUUUUUUUUUUUCCACAUAGAAUGUCCUCAGAAAGUCUAUUAGAUUAUAAUCGUAUUCGUAUAUAGUUAGCUUGAUAAAUUUCAUGAGCAAAGAAAUAAGGCAAUUACAAAAAACUCCGCCACGUUUCUACUCCUAAAUAAAAUACUUAUCUCGAAAAAGAAAUAAUUCAGAGGAAUUAUGCAGAAGCUCGCGAGAAAAUUGAGAAAAUCGGCGGGGGAUGUGGAUGACGACGACGACUACUCUCUUCCAACUCGGGACGACUCCCGUCCGAUUGACGUACAAGAGCAAGAGGAAUUAGUCCGGUCCCUGGAGAAGAUUCACGCCCAACAGUCUCUUAUAUGGAGGAGUGUGUUCGCCGGACUGGUUUCGUGUUACGUGAUUUUCCUGGUUUAUUCAAUGUAUCAACAAGCUUUUUCUCCCUGGGAUUUGCAGUAUCAUGCAUACUUCAUGUAUGAGAUCGACUCAGGGAGCAUUGUAGCUGCAGAGCUGGUAGCUGUUCUCAUAUGUUUAAUGAUCAUCACUGGCCUUAUGCAUAACUCAAAACGCCAUCAUCUUUGGCUUUGGUACUCAUUUGUCCCUGGUACAUUAUUGGCAAUCUUCUGGUUGCACCACAUGCUGAGGUUGGCAAAGUUUAGAUGGGAAAUCAUGUGGGUUCCUUUGGGGCCAUUGUGUGGAGCAGGAGUCUGCCUUUAUGUGGACAAUUUACUCAAUGGUUCCUCUGAAGAAGUCAGGAAACUUCGCGGAUAUAUGUAUGCUUACAAGGCUUACUAAAUUGUUUUGCCCUACCUACAGAAAGGAUCUUUUAUGUACAGGGCUUGCCACAGUUCUCGGUGUGCAUAUUGCAAUUGUGCUUGAUCCAUUGAUAAGUAAGUUAUUGCUUUGAAAAGAGGGCCUUUGUUUGCCAUUUGAGAUCCGUGGAUGCUUGAGCUGUGUAGUAUAUGAUUUUGAGAUGAAGUAUAUAGUGGAUUACAUUGCUGGUUGAUUUGUAUUGUACAUAUCUCAAUUUUGCUUAUGAUCAAAAUACGAGGUUGGCAUCUUCAGUUCAA